UUAGCCCAUGUCCUGAGGGCUGUUCUUCCUUGCCUAUGGUACCUAAAAUUGUUUCCAUUAGCUCAUACCACAAAGCCCCAGCUAAUCUCGAAGACUAAAGACAUGAAGCUCUACAGUGUUUGUAUAAAAGCUCUGUUCUUCCUCACCUUCCUCAUCCUUUGCAACAGCUCAGGUGGAAGUACCCUGAGCAAGAUCUUGAAGAAAAGAAAUGCCCGGAGCAGAUCUGUCGACGAACUUGUGGUCCCUCAGGUGAAAGCUAAGGAAUUCCUGUCAGCUCCACGGAGACCUCGGAGAAACCUAUGGGACCGCAGCCGUCCAGAUGUGCAACAGUGGAUCCAGCAGUUCAUGCAAAUGGGCUAUGACGAGGCGAGACUUGAGACGGAUCUUGCUUACUGGAUGGACCAUGCCAAAGCUAACGAUCAGGGACGGCAGCAUCACUAUGAUGAGAACGCUGCAAUGGGUCCCCGGGAUGCCAGUGCCUUUAGACAUGGAGCCAAUGUCAACUAUGAUUAUUAUUAAUCAUAAUCUCCUGAUUAGGAAAUGAGCAACUUUCUUUACAUUUUUGUCUUACUAAUAGGCACAGCAAAUAAAUCUAUGCCUUUUUAUAUAAGUCACUGUUUAAUGAUGCACAUUACAGUUGAGUCCGUUUUGGUAGU